AUGCUGAGUGCUCAGGGAUGUGACGUCAGCAGCCCAAGAGUCCCUCUGGCUGUGGACAGCCCAAGUAAUGAAGAAGCCCCAGACUGCUCAGCAUUUCCUGGAGGGUGGGAGAGUUUUUUAUUUGGACACAUAUAUUACCUCAUAAGAGCAAAAAAGGACGGUAAAAUUCAACAUGCUGUGUUUUUGGAAUGGGCCAAAGAAUAUGGACCAAUUGUACGUAUAAAUAUCCUACACCAAGUCUCAGUGAUUAUUACAAGUCCUGAGUUAAUUAAGGUAUUCCUGAUGUCCCCCAAAUACAAAAAGGAUCCCAAAAUCUAUCUGAAUCUACAGAAUUUGUUUGGAGAAAGAUUUUUAGGGAGAGGUUUGGUGUCAGAAAUUGAUCAUGAAAUUUGGUACAAGCAGCAGAGAAUUUUUGAUCUAGCUUUUCAACGAAGUCAUUUGAUGAGUUUGAUGCGAGCAAUCAAUGAAAAAGCAGAGCAAAUGAUGGAAAUACUGGAAGCUAAGGCUGAUGGGCAGACUGAAGUAUGCAUGCAAGAUAUGAUAUGCUCGACCAUUUAUGCCAUAACUGCUAAGGCAUUUUUUGGAAUGGAGUUUAAAUCUUUGGUUGAUGAACAGAAGCCAUUUCUUCUUGCAAUACAAAACAUCAUCACAGGCAUGACUCUGGCCAGAAUUCCCUUUGCAAAGUUUUCACCAGGGAAACGGAAGUUGAUAAACAAGAACCGGGAGAGCAUAAGGUUUCUGCGUCCGGUGGGAAAAGAAUGGAUCAAGUACAGGCGUGAAGCCAUGCAGAAUAACCAAGAGUUCCCACCAGAUGUCAUGAUGCAAAUGCUUAAAGGAGCAGCUGAAGAAGGGACAAAUGAUGAAUUUCUGGUGGACAAUCUUGUCACUUUUCUCAUUGCUGGAUCUGAAACUUCUUCCAAUCAGGUAUUAUUUGUAUUAAUGGAACUGCAACGACAUCCAGAAAUAGUAGAACGACUUCGUGCUGAGUUGGAUGAAGUUAUUGGUUCCAAAAUAAACAUUGAAUAUCAAGACAUCGGAAAGUUGCAGUGCCUCUCGCAGAUUCUCAAAGAAGUUCUCAGAUUAUAUCCUCCUGUUACAGGAACUGUACGGUGGCUGGAGGACUUUGUGGUAGAUGAUGGCCUUCUAAUCCCAGGAUGCACCUCAUUAUGUUUCACUACCUAUGCAAUGGGCAGGAUGGAGAUUUACUUUGAGGAUCCCUUGACUUGUAAUCCAGACCGGUUCAGUCCUGAAGCUUUCAAACCGAAUUUUACCUACUUUCCAUUUUCUUUGGGGCCAAGAUCCUGCAUUGGUCAAUAUUUUUCACAGAUGGAGGUGGAAGUGCUGAUAGCCAAACUCUUUCAGAGGCUGGAGCUUCAGAUGAUCCCAGGACAGGACUUUGGAGUAUUGGAUUCCAUUACUCUGAAGCCCAAGCAUGGACUGGUCUGCACCCUCAAGCCCCGGGGAAGUUAGGAAGGCUUUCUCUGGUCAUAAAGGACAUCUCUGGUUCAGCCUCUAAAUGUUGGUUUCUUUAGAUCACGGCUUCUUAAAUUUUUUCUACUCACGACCCUUUUCACCCAAGAAAUUUUUACGUGACCCCGGGUAUAUAGGUAUAUAAAAUAGGUAUGCAUAACCUUUUAUUGUUGCCAAAUUUUUCAU